AUGGUUAUUUGUAAUGGUCAGAAAGUAGAUUUGGAAAAUGAUGUUUGGACUAUUAUUGGAGCCAGUGAAACAGGCAAAAGUACAGGAAAUCUUGGAAAUCUUGUAUACUUUAAUACCAUUAUUGGAUUUAAGCAUCAAGCGACAGGAUGCAAUUUACAUUCUCAUCAUAAUUCGGAAGCAACUCCAAAAUCGAAGCAUCAGCAAGUGACCCUCUUUGAGAAUGCAAAUCGCGACGAUGAUUGGCUUAUUCGACGUUAUAGUCAAAACGCUUCUUAUGAUGACUCAGGUAGUUUGAAUCAUGGUGAUAUCAUCAGUCUUUUCCAUAUCACAACUGGUAAGCCAGCACUUUACAGUCAUAACAUCUUGUUAGAUGAUGCAACCCAAGAAGUUUCUUGUCAUGGAAAUGGUGAUGAGGAAAAUCAUAAGUGGCGUGUCGAAUUAAUUGUCUGA